AUGCUGUUGGGAAUGAGCGCCUGUGGCAGGAAGGCGCUGACCCUCCUCAGCAGCGUCUUCGCCGUCUGUGGCCUCGGCCUCCUGGGCAUCUCCGUCAGCACCGACUACUGGCUCUACCUGGAGGAGGGCAUCGUCCAGCCACAGAACCAGACGGCGGAAAUCAAGCUAUCGCUGCACUCGGGGCUCUGGAGGGUCUGCUUUCUGGCAGGGAUGGAGCGUGGCCGGUGCUUCACUAUCGAGUACGUCAUGCCCAUGAACAUCCAGCUGACGUCUGAAUCCACAGUCAACGUCCUGAAGAUGAUCCGCUCUGCCACCCCCUUCCCUCUGGUCAGCCUCUUCUUCAUGUUCAUCGGCUUCAUCCUGAGCAACAUUGGCCACAUUCGGCCUCACAGGACCAUCCUCGCCUUCGUCUCGGGGAUAUUCUUCAUCCUAUCGGGUCUGUCGCUGGUGGUGGGGCUGGUCCUCUACAUAUCCAGCAUUAACGACGAGAUGCUGAACAGGACCAAGGACUCAGAAACGUUCUUCAAUUACAAAUACGGCUGGUCGUUUGCCUUCUCUGCCAUCUCGUUCCUUCUCACAGAGAGCGCCGGGGUGAUGUCUGUUUACCUGUUCAUGAAGCGAUACACGGCCGAGGACAUUUACCGACCUCACCCCGGCUUCUACCGUCCCCGUCUGAGCAACUGCUCCGACUACUCGGGGCAGUUCUUGCACCCGGAUGCGUGGGCACGGGGACGCAGCCCUUCGGAUAUCUCCAGCGAGGCGUCCCUGCAGAUGAACAGUAACUACCCGGCUCUGCUCAAGUGCCCCGACUACGACCAGAUGUCCUCGUCCCCGUGCUGA